UCCUAAGAAGCCCCUUCGCUCUCUCUCUCUCUCUCUCUCUCUCUCUCUCUAAAACCAAAAGCCUUGGGUUGCUGAAGCUUCAGAAAUGGCUGCUGACGUGAGCGCUCUGGUUCGGGUCUUGAAUGGGUACAGCAAGGAGGAUCAGCAUCGGGCGGUAGGGAAUGAUUCUAGCUGUGAGAAAUCUACGGCUCUAAUUACCCGUGACCUCCUUGGCGGGUCCUCCUCCUCUACCUCUAAGCUUGUUGAGUCCCAGGAAUUGGACCUCGACUUGCAGGUCCCUAAUGGCUGGGAAAAGCGUCUAGACUUGAAGUCAGGGAAAGUGUACCUACAAAGAUGUAGCACCCCAAAUUCACCUUCAAUCUCAGAGCACAAGCACCAAACCAAUCCAACAGUCCCAAAGCUUCAAGAUUUAAAUUUCCCACCAUCGCCGUCAAAAAUCACAUUAAAUCUUUUUGAAGAGAGCUGCUUGGAUUUGAAGCUAAUAUCAUCAUCCUCCUCCUCAUCCAACAAUUACCAAAGCGUCUGCACUCUUGAUAAGGUGAAAUCCGCCCUUGAAAGGGCGGAGAAAGAGCCGGUGAAGAAGAGAUCAUCGUUUUGGAAAUCAUCGGUGUCGCCUUCAUAUUCUUCAUCGUCGUCGUCGAUCAAAGAAACCCAAGAAGAAGAACACGAAGAUAAGCUAUCGUCGUCGCCGAUUGCGGCGGGGUGCCCCGGUUGCUUGUCUUAUGUUUUGAUAACCAAAAACAACCCGAAAUGUCCCCGGUGCGCCUCGGUUGUACCGUUGCCGAUGAUCAAGAAACCUAGGAUUGAUCUCAACAUAUCAAUUUGAGUUGAUUAACGAAUACUAUCUAUGCUUUUUAUCCAAUAUUUUCUUCUUCUUUUUUUGUAGAUGAUAGAUGAGGAGAUUAAGGUUUAAGAAAUAGAUUUGUUAGUGAAAGAAGAACAUAUUGUACAUGUUAAAAGGAUGGUGGGUUUUACUAGCAUAGUCAAUAGAAGUUUUUCAUCCUUGUGAA